GGUAUUGGCCAAAAUAUGUAUAUUGGUGUGUCCUAAACACAUACCCCUUAGAAAGUUUUAAUAAGACAUUUAUUUGGCAAUUUCUUAAAAGAAAAAUAAUGUCCUCACAAAAUAGUUUUUACAGUUAGGGCUGCAUGAUUAUGACCAAAAUCAUAAAACGUAUUUUCCUAUUUACAUUCAAUAAAUAUAAUUUACAUUUGAAAUACUUAUUUUAGGUAAAGCGACUGCAUACCGUGUUCUUUAUGUCGGCUACACAUCCAAAACAAGCAAAUUAUACAUCAGUAAAUCAGGACUAGUUGCCUGCAUGGCCAGUUUCACAUCGGCCCUUUUAGAGGCAUAAAGAACAAAGUAAAUUUGGAAUAAAUUAUACACCGAAGGGAGUAUCUGGCUAGUUAAAAUGAUAAACUUCUGGAAAAAAAAUACUUUUUGAUGCAAGAUGACACUUUUCACAAUUAGGUAGUUGUGACAGCUGAAAUUGUAGUCUCGAUUAUUUAUUCAUUUUUACAAAUUUGGCCCUCUCAUCAAAGCACAUUCAGGCUUACACAGUUAUGCAUGCACAAUUAGAUGCAUAUACAUACACUAACAGACUCGCAUGCAUAGAUACACUCGGAUUGGACGGUGAUGGUUGUUGUCUGAUGAAAGGAACAUUUGCUUCUGCAGCCUGGAUGAAAUGUGACUCAUCGUAAGACAGCUGCGGAAAGAUGACCCACAGAAAAAGAGAGACAGGCCGUGAACAUGAUUAGAGAGUCUGUGCUGUGACUUACAUGUAUGCAUAUAAACAAAUGAAACGAUGCAUCACUCUUGAAGAGAGUAGACUGCAUUAAAAUGCAUCUUUUAAACUUGUAAACUGAAUAUUUUUGUCUCUAGCGGUUCAGUGAUGCAUUUUACUGCCCCUGUAAUGUCAUCCUCUCUCUCAGGUGAGAUUACGGCAGGUUAAACAUCACCUGAAGCACAGGCAGACAGGUGUGAAGUUGAGCUGAAGGGCCCGUGGCCCUCGGAGACCUUUGGGAAACGGCACCCGUGGAUCGUGCGAGCAUCUUUAGCAAACAGACUUCAUUGCACACAGCAUGCGUGUGUGAAUGCUGUCAAUCAAACAGACUUCCUGUCGGUCACCCUCUAAAACUGGAAACAAUGACUAGAUUAAAUGUUUGAUCCACUAAACUGAGAAAGGGACGCUGUGUGGGUGUUGAAAAGUUGCUUGUUGUCGUGGCUAUGGGGAGUUCAGCCUCGUCUUUGACCACGGACAGAGAAUCAGAUCACGGGUUUGGUACCGCUCCGUUCCCGCCGGCCGCUCCAAUGGGUUGGCUCAGAACCAGCCACAGCAGUCCGGUGUGGGGAACCACUUUCAUCACGCACCAACAACAACAGCAGCCCAUUCCUCACAGAGAACGCAGUCACUCUCAUUCUCCUGGUUCGAUGGCCACAGUCGUGAGGAAUUCUGAUUGGUCAUGUGGGCGCUGCACGUUUCUUAACUCCAGCGGUUCCUUGCGCUGCUCUAUUUGUGAGGCUCCUCGGCAGAAGCCGGAUCUGAACCACAUUCUGCGACUCAGCAGUGCCGAGGAACCUCGCUGGUCCUGCCCUCGCUGCACCCUGACCAAUAACCAUGGACUAGGCUCUUGUUCCGUCUGUGGAGCUGCUCCAGUUACCCCCAACGGACCCCUUCCACCUAAACAAACCCCGCCCACUCCCAUAGAGCCCGCCUCAAGUCCUGAAGCCAAAGGUCAGGUAGCCAAUGGGGAAACUCGCAGUGCGGAACUCAAUGGGGAGUUGUCUGUAAGUGGGGAGGGGUCAUUGGAAUGGGCGUGUCCUCGCUGUACGCUUGUUAACACUCCAAUGGCGCUAUCAUGCUCGGCAUGUGGUGGUCCACGAAAACUCUCGCUUCCAAAGAUUCCUCCGGAGGCGCUAGUUGUACCUGAAGUUCGAACAGUUGUUGCAGGGUUUACAUCUCAGACUGCAGGAGCUUCGGCGCCAUUACUCAUUGAUCUAACUGAAGAUUCGCCACCCCAGGCACCUUCCGAAACCCCGUCUCCACCCCCUAACCCUGCCCCAUUUUUACCUCCUUCCUUGUCGUCGCUUCAGAAUAAUCCUGUGCCUCGCAGUCGAAGGGAAGUCCCGCCCCCUGGUCGCCCCCCAAACCCUGCGCCUUCGCCCACAUCCCCUUCAAUGUGCCCACCCACCAAACCCAAACCCCUCCCAUCAACGGAAGUUUACCCAAUGAAGCGCCUCAGCAUGCUGGAGGAGGAGCCCAACAACCCCACCCAACCAGUCACGUCUCCGCCUUCCUGGAAGUGCCCCGGAUGUUCCGCCCCGACAGCUCCUCCUUCAUCAUCUGCAGGUCGUUGCGAUGCAUGCCGAGGGUCUCGGCCGGGAUCGUGUGGUGAUGUCAUCGAUGUGCUGGGCGAAUCAGUACGCUUCACGCCAGCAUCACCGUCCAGCCCAGAUUUUAGCUCGUGGGCUUGUUCCAAAUGUACGUUACGCAAUCCGACGGGUGCAGGCCACUGCACGGCCUGCGGAUCGUCCAAAUUACAUGGUUUCUCGGAGCCGUCCAACUGUUCGUCAUGUUCACGGAAACAACCACACUCCCACGUGCGUGCCUUUAGUUCCACCUCCUCCUCAUCAAUGUCCUCGCCGUCCGCCGAAAAAGCGCAGGACAAGAGUGCGUGUCAGUGGACUUGUCCGGCUUGCACGCUGUUGAACGAGGGUCGGAUGAAGCAUUGUGCAGCCUGUCACACGCCGCAGCAGUACCUGAGUCUGCGCAAGACCGGGAAACCGCUCAAACGCAGAGAGAGCAUGCACGUUGAGGCACGCAGACGCACGGAUGAGGGCGAGGCCAAGGAAUUGUGGGAAAAUAUUGUCAGCUUUUGUAGAGAGAACUCAGUAAACUUUGUCGAUGACAGUUUUCCUCCUGGACCGCGUUCGGUCGGGUUUCCUGAGAACGACAGUGUCCAGCAGCGAAUCAAAAAGUGGCUCCGCCCUCACGAGAUUAACUGCAAUAAUUUUAAGGAUCGCGGUGUGAAAUGGUCCGUGUUUAGGACGCCCCGCCCCUCGGACAUACUGCAAGGCCUUCUUGGAAAUUGCUGGUUCUUAAGCGCUCUUGCAGUCUUAGCGGAGCGGCCUGAAUUGGUUGAGCGUGUGAUGAUCACCAGAACUAUAUGUGCAGAGGGAGCGUAUCAGGUGCGGCUGUGUAAGGACGGGACGUGGAUUACGGUACUGGUGGAUGACAUGCUGCCCUGCGAUGAAUAUGGAUUUCUGCUGUUCUCACAGGCCCAACGGAGGCAGUUGUGGGUGGCGCUGAUAGAAAAGGCUCUUGCGAAGCUGCACGGGUCGUAUUUUGCUUUGCAGGCGGGUCGUGCCAUCGAGGGUUUGGCCACGCUCACCGGCGCCCCCUGUGAAAGUCUGAUGCUGCAGGUGAGCUCGACCAAUCCACGAGAAGAACCGAUCGACACGGAUCUCAUAUGGGCCAAGAUGCUCAGCUCCAAAGAGGCCGGUUUUCUGAUGGGGGCGUCCUGUGGGGGCGGGAACAUGAAGGUGGAUGACGCGGUUUAUGAAUCUCUGGGGCUCCGCCCACGACACGCCUACUCGAUACUGGACGUCCGAGAUGUUCAGGGCUACAGACUGCUGCGUUUGAGGAACCCGUGGGGUCGGUUCUCCUGGAAUGGUUCAUGGUCGGACGAGUGGACUGAUUGGCCGCAGCACCUGCGUCAUGAACUGAUGGCUCACGGCAGCAGUGAGGGCGUGUUCUGGAUGGAAUAUGGAGAUUUCAUUAAGUACUUUGACUCGGUGGAUAUCUGUAAGAUUCAUCCUGAUUGGCAGGAAGUUCGUUUGCAGGGCUGUUUCCCCUGUCGGGCGGGUAAACCCGUCACAGUAACCGCCCUCACGGUCCUGGAGAGAACCGCGCUGGAGUUCGCCCUCUUCCAGGAGGGCAGCAGGCGGUCAGAUACGGCCGAUAGUCACCUGUUGGAUCUGUGUAUAAUGGUGUUCCGGGCAUCGUUUGCUAACGGGAAUAAACUGGUUCUGGGGCGUCUGUUGGCACACAGUAAACGCGCUGUGAAGAAGUUUGUAGGUUGUGAUGUCAUGCUGGAGCCGGGCGAGUAUGCUGUUGUGUGCUGUGCCUUUAAUCACUGGCAGAUGGACCUCACAGGGGCUUCAACGCCAGUGUCUAGUCCCACCAAUGCUCGGAGACCCAAUCAGGAUUUCCCAGGAUACAUCUUGGCCAUCUACAGCUCCAGACAGGUGAUGGUGGAGCAGGUGGAGGCCACGUCCACAACACUCGCUGAUGCCAUCAUCCUACUGACGGAAAACAAGGGAGAGAGACAUGAGGGUCGGGAAGGCAUGACAUGUUAUUACCUGACUCAUGGGUGGGCGGGGCUUAUCGUCGUCGUGGAGAACCGUCACCCAAAGUACUACCUCCAUGUGUCAUGUGACUGCACUGACAGCUUCAAUGUGGUGUCGACCCGAGGCAGCCUGAAAACCAUCGACAGCGUGCCGCCCUUGCACAGGCAGGUUCUGGUGGUUUUGUCCCAGUUAGAAGGGAACGCUGGAUUCUCCAUCACACACAGACUGGCCCAUCGGAAAGCUGGGCAGGCGUCUCUGGGCGACUGGACGUCCAGCAAGGCCACACACUCGCCCCAACUCACCCCAGACACUGACGGACUGCACAGACCACGGCCGCUUUGACACACGCUUACACACGCACACAUAGACACACAUGAAAACAGUCUCCAUUCAUUAAACGUACAUUAUAGACCCAUACAGACCCAUAUUGAUGAAUACACAUGCAGGCACUGAGAGGGUUUGAGUGGAACUACUGAGCCAAUCACGCGACUGCUCGCUGAGCCAAGACCCGCCCACUGCAAACACACACGUGUGUCAGCAUAAGGAUCUGGAGCCAUUCUUGGGCGUGUAGUGGAUCUCUUGUACAUCUCCUGUUGUACUGUGUUAUUUUUUAGUUUCAUUUAUCAAGUUCCGUCUAUUCAGUGAUUAAGUAAGAAGGUGAAUCUCAUGAAAACAUUUCACACCAAAAUUUAAAAAAAAAGAAAUUACUUUUUUCAUAAAGAAAAUGAAGCCUGUAAAAAAAGAAAAAUUCUUAAUCAGUAUUUCUAUUUUUUUUUUUUUUGUUGUUGUUGUUGGUUUACCAGUAAAUAAAU